AUGGCGCCCGCAACGCUCGACAGAAAGCGCAAAGCGGUUACCCGCGAUGCUUUAGAAUUAUCGGAUGUGGACUCGGAAGCCGAAUUUGGAGAUGGGCUGCUCGAGGGUAUCCUCUCCCAGGACGAAGAUUCUGAGGAAGAUACUGGCGACGAGGAAGAUAGCGAAGGAGAGGAAAUCGAUGAUAUCGAAGAGCUUGAAGCCCUUGAUAGUGAUGAGAUACCCUCGGAGAAUGGCGAUCCUGAGACGAAGCAGCCCAAUGGAGAUUUAACCAAGGGCAAUGGCUCCUCGCUGGUCUCAAAAAGCCUCACGAUAAGACACCAGCUUCUGGAUGAGGAAGACGAUACGCCAAAUUAUACGGUUGUCGAAGAUGCAAAUGGGGGAGAGAGAUACGUUUACGACGAAAUAGACCCAGUCUAUGACUCCGACGACUCCGACGCAAUAAUCCCCACGAACACUAUUGGAGAUAUUCCCUUGUCUUUCUAUGAUGCGUAUCCUCAUAUCGGAUAUGAUAUCAAUGGCAAGAGGAUUAUGCGGCCGGCAAAGGGCGAGGCUUUAGAUGCCCUACUAGACAGCAUAGACAUUCCCAAAGGGUGGACUGGCCUUACAGAUCCGGCUACAGGGAAGCCCCUCAAUUUGAGCCAGGAAGAGUUAGAAAUUUUGCGGAGGAUACAAACGAAUGAGGUGCCUGAGGAGGGCUACGACCCCUAUCCUGCAACCGUUGAAUAUUUCACUGGGAUCGAAGAAACCAUGCCUUUGAGUGCUGCUCCUGAACCAAAACGACGAUUCCUUCCAUCAAAACAUGAAGCGAAGAGGGUAAUGAAGAUUGUUCGGGCCAUAAGAGAAGGAAGAAUCCUGCCAUAUAAGCCACCCCAAGAGCGUGAGGAGGAGGAGGAAGAAGAGAAGCACUAUGACAUUUGGCAGGAUGAGCAACCACGGCCAGACCAUAUCAUGAAUAUCCCAGCACCUAAAAUGCCGCCUCCCGGGUAUGACUUGAGUUACAAUCCACCUCCCGAGUACCUUCCUACAAAGGCAGAGAAACAGGCUUGGGAAUCGGUCGAUCCAGAAGACAGAGAAAAGGAGUAUUUACCCACAGCAUAUGACUCCCUUCGGAAAGUUCCAGCAUACGACAAAAUCAUCAAUGAGCGGUUUGAGAGAUCUCUGGAUUUGUACCUCGCUCCCCGGGUCCGCAAGAACAGACUUAAUAUUGACCCAGCAUCAUUGCUACCAAACUUACCGAGACCAGAAGAACUCAAACCAUUCCCAACUGUGUGCUCGACAUUAUUCCGUGGUCAUGAGGGCCGCGUACGGUCUUUGGCGAUUGAUCCAUCAGGUUCCUGGUUGGCGAGUGGUGGCGAUGAUGGAACUGUCCGCGUUUGGGAGCUACUAACGGGGAGACAAAUAUGGAGUGCAAAAAUCGGCGACGAGGAGGCUGUCAACACUGUCAGAUGGCGGCCAGGGAGGGAUGCAGUUAUUCUUUCUGCAGCUGCUGGAGAUGACGUAUAUCUUCUUGUGCCACCGAUCGUCGACAAUGAAACCGACGUCGCAAGUCGGGAGAUUCUGGAUAAAGGCUUUGGCCAUGCAACAAAUGCGGUCCAAGAACUUACUGCGAACGGUGCCAGGAAGGAGCCCGUUGCCAAGUGGACUCGCCCCGGGUCACGUCUUGAGGAUGAGGGAGUGCUUAUCAAGAUCACAUUACGAACUACUGUCAAAGUUAUCACCUGGCAUCGUCGCGGGGAUUUCUUCGCAACCGUGGCUCCGACCGCUCAAAAGAGCGCCGUCGCAAUUCAUACUUUGUCAAAACAUCUUACCCAAAUCCCAUUCCGCCGUCUUCCAGGUAUCGCGCAAACAGUACAAUUCCACCCCUCUCGGCCUCUUUUCUUCGUUGCUACACAACGCACCAUUCGAAGCUAUGAUUUGCAAAAGCAGCUGCUUGUCAAGAUUAUCCAACCUGGCGCCCGCUGGAUCUCCUCAUUCGAUAUCCACCCUGGUGGAGACAAUCUCAUUGUUGGAUCUUAUGAUCGACGUCUCUUGUGGCAUGACCUCGAUCUUUCAACGAGGCCCUAUAAGACAAUGAGGUUUCAUUCGAAAGCCAUCCGUGCAGUGAAGUACCACAAGGGCGGGUUUCCAUUAUUUGCAGAUGCCAGUGAUGAUGGCAGUCUGCAGAUCUUCCAUGGCAAGGUGGUCAGUGACCUGAUGGAAAACGCGACGAUUGUGCCAGUGAAGGUGCUGAAAGGACACAAAGUAAAGAAUGCUUUGGGAGUCAUGGAUAUCGACUGGCAUCCAAGGGAGCCUUGGUGUGUCGUCCUUGACCCUGCUGUCUCCAUAGGAUCGGUUUCUAACGGCGCUCCUCUCACCAUCGCUCCAUUCUCUGUGCCCAAUGGCUUCUUGCGUUCCGAGCCUGGUUAUCCUCUCCAAGUCGAUGCGGUGUUUACCCAUGGCUUUGAUUUCAUCCGACAGGAUCCGUCUGGGAAGCAUUUGCGCCUCGAUGUUAGUAGCGUCCUAAAAGACAAAAGCGGCGCGACCAUUACCUUUAAGUAUACCGGAGUUGUUGCUUUUACUCCUGAGAUAGGCGCCGUUUUGGGAGGCGCACCAGAUGCAAAGACCACCGAAUUCGGACAAGUUGCCACGCAUGUAACUUUCGAGACCGGCAGCGAUGAAUUGAGGGCUAUGGGGGAAAAGAUUUAUGUUGGUACUGGACGGUUUGUUGUCGAGGCUGGGAAACCCACUGUUGUUGAGUAUAAGAUCAGUGAGGUUGUGGCUUAG